AGCUCCGCGUCCUCUCCCAGGCACGGCCCCGGGCGCUCCAGGAUGGCCCCGCGCAAAGUUCGCAGGAAGCGAGAGAUGCUGCCGCAGCAAGUUGGCUUCGUGUGCGCGGUGCUGGCCCUGGUGUGCUGCGCGACCGGCGUCCUUGGCAGCUUGGGACAUAAAGCAGCGUCCGUCAGCAAACAUGCUCUUCCAGACACAUGGAAAAAUAGAAAGCUGAUGGCACCAGUGAAUGGGACUCAGACAGCUAAGAACUGCACAGACCCUGCGAUUCAUGAGUUCCCCACGGACCUGUUCUCCAACAAGGAGCGACAGCAUGGAGCUGUCCUGCUGCAUAUCCUCGGUGCUCUGUACAUGUUCUACGCCUUGGCCAUAGUGUGCGAUGACUUUUUUGUGCCGUCUCUAGAGAAGAUCUGUGAGAGACUCCAUCUGAGUGAAGAUGUGGCCGGAGCCACCUUCAUGGCUGCAGGAAGUUCGACACCCGAGCUCUUCGCCUCUGUUAUUGGUGUGUUCAUCACCCAUGGAGACGUCGGCGUCGGGACCAUUGUGGGCUCUGCUGUGUUCAACAUCCUGUGUAUAAUCGGCGUGUGUGGAUUAUUCGCGGGGCAGGUGGUCCGUCUGACAUGGUGGGCCGUGUGCCGGGACUCCGUGUACUACACUCUCUCUGUCAUCGUGCUCAUUGCUUUCAUAUACGAUGAAGAAAUUGUGUGGUGGGAAGGACUGGUGCUCAUCGUCUUAUACGUGUUUUACAUUCUGAUCAUGAAGUACAACGUGAAGAUGCAGGCCUUUUUCACCAUCAAACAAAAGACUGUUGCAAACGGCAACACGGUCAACAGUGAGCUGGAGGAUGGUAAUGAUUACUGUGAUAGUAGCUCUGAUGACCCCUCCGUGCCAUUGCUGGGGCCAGUGAAGGAGGAGCCGCAGUACAGCAAGAACCCAGUGGUGAUGGUGGACGAGGUCAUGAGCUCCAGCCCUCCCAAGUUCAGCUUCCCGGAGGCAGGCUUACGCGUGAUGAUCACCAAUAAGUUUGGUCCCAGGACCCGACUGCGGAUGGCCAGCAGGAUCAUCAUUAACGAGCGGCAGAGGCUGAUCAACUCGGCAAAUGGUGUGAGCAGCAAGCCGCUUCAAAAUGGGAGACACGACAACAUUGAGAACGGAAACGUCCCUGUGGAAAACCCUGAAGACCCUCCGCGGGAGCAGGAGCAACAGCCCCCGCCACUGCCACCACCCCCGGAGCCAGAGCCGGUCGAGGUUGCCUUCCUGUCCCCCUUCUCUGUGCCCGAGGCAAGAGGGGACAAAGCCAAGUGGGUGUUCACCUGGCCACUCAUCUUCCUCCUGUGCAUCACCAUCCCCAACUGCAGCAAGCCCCGCUGGGAGAAGUACUUCAUGGUCACGUUCAUCACGGCCACACUGUGGAUCGCUGUCUUCUCCUACCUAAUGGUGUGGCUGGUGACUAUCAUUGGGUACACACUGGGAAUCCCCGAUGUCAUCAUGGGCAUUACGUUCCUGGCAGCAGGCACGAGCGUCCCGGACUGCAUGGCCAGCUUAAUCGUGGCGAGACAAGGCCUUGGUGACAUGGCGGUGUCCAACACCAUAGGAAGCAACGUGUUCGACAUCCUGGUGGGACUCGGCAUACCAUGGGGCCUGCAGACCAUGGUCAUUAACUAUGGGUCCACGGUAAAGAUCAACAGCCGGGGCCUGGUCUACUCGGUGGUGUUGCUGCUGGGCUCUGUCGCCCUCACUGUCCUCGGCAUCCACGUGAACAAGUGGAGGCUCGACCGGAAGCUGGGCAUGUGCGUGCUGGCCCUGUACGCCGUCUUCCUCUGCUUCUCCAUCAUGAUCGAGUUUAACGUCUUCACCUUCGUCAACUUGCCCAUGUGCCGAGAGGACGACUAGAGCCGAGCCACCCUGAGCUGCCCUGGGCCCCGCUGACCUCCCUUCCACCCGCCCCAGCGUGAGUGUCUCCUGCCUCCGUGGUCCCGGCCGCUCUUCACGCGCGGACGGAAGAGCCAUGGUGGUCGCCGACUGGGCGCGAGCCGGGGCCUCCUCCCCCUCCUCGUCCUCGUCGUCGUCCUCCUCCUCCUCCUCCUCCUCCUCCUCCUCCUCUGUGUCCUCGGAGCCCUGCCCUCCCCACACAAGCAAGUUCCGGGGCUGCCGUCUGAGCAUCCUGGCAGGUCCCUGAGCUGGCGGCCCGGGGAGGCCCCUCGUGACACGUCAGUGAGGACUUCCUGUCACUGGGUGGCCAUCGGAGCUUGUGAGGUCCCGGGGCAGGUGCAAAGUGGGAAUGUGGUUCCGCAGCGUCGCCCCCAGGCUGGCGGGUACGGGUCCCUUAGACCGCGUGUCCUUCGUGGACCCUCCUGCCUCUGACCUCGGCAGGCAGCGCUGGGCCUCAACCUGCAGGCGAGAGGGCCCAAGGGCACAACACUCCACCCCUUUCUCUGGAGAAACUAAAAUGCAAAUAGCGUCUCAGCAGGAAAGAGAGAGCUUUCUCACCACUUUUAUCAAUGCGUUCAGAGAAUGAACAGUGAAAUGUUAAAAAUAAGAUGUCCUGGAGAUCAUCAUACUUGAAAAAGAAUCAUCCCAAAUGGAAAGGCUACGCUGGGCACCGAAGGAGAGCCCUCUUGGACACAAAAUCCCACAUGUAUCGUCGCGUUGCUCUGACGCUGAGCUCCUGGUUUGGGAUCCAGGAGAGCGUGCGCAACUCUCCCUGGAUGCUGAUUCAGGGACACGGUGGGGGUGGCAGGUGACAGCCGUCCCAGCCCUUCCCUGGGAGGCGGUGCAGUGUCCUGUGGGGCCUGUCUUUCCUCUAUUAAACGCUGUCCUCUCUAAACCGCUGUUGUGAGGCCCAGUUGUCCCAGUACCCAGCAGUGUUGUGGCCUGCCGGACUGACUGCAGGCCACAGGGUCGUGGUGGACGAUGAGAGAUGUUUCCUGAAAGGCAAACAGCUGCUCUCUGUUACCUGGAGGCGGGUCUGAGAACUGGAACUUGGCACUUUUAGAGCUAAACUUCUCGAGCCUUAGAGUUGGCUCCGUGUGAAGAGCCCAGCAUGGGAGGCAGAAUCAAAAAAGAGAGAGAAAAAUAUCCAACAAUUUUUCACCUGCUUCGUAGCUCUCAAAUCAAUAUUAAAAAGAUUUAUGAACACAAACCAUCCGUGGUUUCUAAAAAAGGAAGCACAAUUAGUUUUAUAUAGAGGUGGGGUUUUUUAAUUUUUUAAAUAUUUCUAUUGCAAAAGUCUAUUGGAUUUGAUGCACUUUUAAUAACUGGGAUAUUUUGCACAGAAGAAUGUACGGGAGAAGCCCCAGGUAGCGUGAGGGAAGAGAGCGUUGGCCGAUUGGCUGGUCAUGAAUGGUAUGUGAGGAGCAGGAAUGCAAUCGCUUUUUCCUUCCUGAAACAAAGGUCGUGACCCGAGGUGGGAUGCAGGCUGCGCUUGCCGAGGGCCUCCUGAAUUCAGAAGGAGGAAGUGAUCGCAUCCGAGGCAGGCGGCCUGGUCACCAGGCUUCCGCUCGGGAUCCACGUCAGUGUUAGUGGCUCCACCACACGGAGGCCCCUCUUGUUUCUCUAUCUGGACCAAGCUCAGUGGUCCCCCAGGUGGAGGCAGAGGUGAUGUUCCUGAGAAAUCAGCGAGGUGAGCGGGAGGCCAGGCCACCAGUGGGGCCAUCAGUGCAGAGUGGACACACGGGGACAUCAGAGCCCGGGCCUCGGCCUGGUCUCCCAGGCCCACCGGGGUUCCAAGCUGUGUCUGCUCCUCCUCAAUUCUCAGAAUGGCCCUGUGGUGUGAGGAGGGGUGAUCCUCCCUGUUUAACAGAAAGCACAGUCUUGACUAAGAGGAGGUGACCCCGGGUUAAUUGUCCGUGAGGUGCGGCACAAAAGCCAAGCCGCCAGCCGUCCCCCUCCCGGUCACCCAGGGCUGGGCCGUCCUCGGUGGGGGGGCGGGCGGGGACAGAGCUCUGCCCCGUGGGUGGUUCUCAUGGUUCAGGUCAAAACUGUGGUAGAUCUUACCUGACCCCUCGUGCCCUGGUGUGUGUCCUAAUGGCUGUCCCUCCCCAGCGCCCCUGGGGUUUUCCUGGUAAAGACCAAAAGAUGUUUUUGUCCUCUGAGCAUGGGCCGUGUGGUCCCCUGACGUCAUCCUUGCCGGGCGGGGUUCACUUCUCUGAGUCCUUGCAGAGCUUUUAGAGAACACCGAAUCCUGGCUCUUCCUCGGGAGAGUCUGUCCGAGGUGACACAGCGUCCUGCACCUGCAGUUUGAGGCUACAAAGUCGUGUUUCUAGUCCACGGAGCUCUCCUGCUGGCUGCUUCUCUUUUGACUGUGAUGUGCCAAUGCGACUUCCUUAAAGGGUCUAUGUAUUCAUUGUAUCCAGGAAACUCCAUAAACGCUGUAGGUGGAUGAUCCUCUUUUUAAACUAAACAUUUUUCCAUCACAAGUUGCAAGAAUUGCUUGAUUAAUUAGACCUUCAUUUUAAAAUAAUGGUUUUAUCACUACAUAGAAUUACUCCCUUUAUUUUAUUCCCAAGGCUGAUUAACAUGGGGCAAUCACUCUGCUUCAAAAAUAGGCAAUAAAAAAACAUAAGUAAGUCUAGCUCUUGCAAUUGGGAGCAAGAAAGAAACACGAAGAGCUGCAUGAUCAACAGUGUCUACAGAGUCGGGAGCAGGUGCUUCCUGUCCGUCCCUAGGUUGGAGUCGCCCUCAGCAGCUCGGGCACAGACUGGGCCAUUAGGUGCGUGGUGUCUGGAAACAUGGCCCUGGAGGCAGGUUCUGGGUCGAUGAGGGGAAGAACAGAUGGCCAGGGCACGGUGGGCAGGGCAGGGGACCGAUCCUGCCAAUGUCCGCGCAUCCCCCUGGUGCGCAACUCCCAGCUCAUUGAUGUUCCGCCCGGGUCUCGCUGCCACUGUCCCUCCACUGCUGUUACAGACCCAAAGAGGCCAUAGGGCAUAGCCCUCCCUGGUGCAGCGGGCACCUGGGGCGGUCCUGCAGAUCCCCACCCGGGGGCCUCCGGGCUGCCCAGGAGCCUGGGUCCCCAAGGAGAGGCUGCUGCUCUUGCCUUUUGAUGAGCUGCAGCUGGACCCCACUCAGGAGCACGGCCCCCGGGAUGCCCUCGGGAUGCCAGGUCCGCCCCGAACCAUGGUCUUGGAGGUGAGGGCAGCCCCUCACUACGCCCUUGCACCCUCCGGGCACUUCUCUCUCUCCUUGGGGCGGACAAGGAGUGGGUCUGCUCUGUGCCCCCCUGGGAAGGUAGGGGACCCUAGCACCCGCCGCAGAUGCUGCGCCCAAGCUCCCCUCCUUCCCCAGUGGUGUUCAGGCCGGAGGGGCACUGCCUGUGCUUGGGGACAGCCCCCUGCGGGUGGCAGGAGGGACACGGGGGCCCCCGCGGCUUGGGCUGCUGCUGGUCAGCAGCCGUGGGGUUCAUACGGGCUGAGGCCCCGACCCUGAGGGGGCACGGAGCCCGGGAUCCCUUCCAUCCCACCCCACACCCCCUCCUCCCCUCUGGCUGGACAGACGGCUGUGCUGCAUCCGUGACAGGCUCUCGAACAGUGCGGGAACUUGCCUGUCAGGGUGAGAAUCGUCAGGAUAUUGUCGUGAUUAAACACUCCCGGGUCUAAGGCCCCCUGAGCACGACUUCUGUGUGUCCCUCUCCGCUUGGGUCAGCAGCACAUGAGUCCAGGGCACCUGACAGGGUUGUGCCCCUAGAAACUUCCAGAAAUUUCUGAAAAUGCUCUGUGGGCAGUUCUCAGGUGGCAGGAAGUCCAUCAGCUCCCCCAGCACACCCCCGAAGGGCUGCCCCCCCGACCCCACUCUCCCCAUGUGGAUUCGGAGUGUCUGGACCCCCAGCAACUGUGGACAUGUGCUCCUGGGCCCUGUGGCUGGCCUUGGUGGGUCAGCGCCCAGAGAGGGGCUCCUGCGCGCCACACAGCUGCCCCCGGCAUGGGUCUUGCAAGGAGUGGGGCUGGAGGGCCUGCGGGGAAUCCACCCCUCCAACGCAGAGAGCAGCUGAACCAGGAGUCAGUGAGGGGGCUGGUGCAGGGUCCCCUCGUCCUGCUGUAGGAGACGUUCCCUGGGGGCACAGACCAGGGGCGUGGGUGUGGCUGCACUUGCUUCUGACCAGGGAUGCCUGACUGGGGUGCCUGAUGGCGACGGGCGGGGGGGGGGAGACCCCAGCCUGUCCCAAUACCGCCUAGCUGCC